AUGCAAAUUAUUAAGCUCUUCAAUAAAUCUUAUGAUGUACCAACUGGAAUAAUUAGUUCCAGAUUCCUUACUAAAAAUGGAAGGAAAAUUACUCUAAUCCUAUCUGAUUCAAAACUUUAUCGAACUUCUGACAAAGGUGUAAAAAUGGUUUCUUUAAGCAGCCAUCUGCGUUUUUAAAUUAAAUCAAACAAAUAACAGAAUUCCCUAUUGUUAGAGACUGACUUAUUAUCUAAACCGAUAGAAUAUUAAUUUAUUGAAUAACCAGGGAUGUGGGAAAUCUUUCUAAAAUAGAAAUUACCACUGAUGGAUUACCAAAAAUAUUAUGAAAUUGAAAAAUUAAUUGGUAGUGGUAGUUUUGCCAGCGUUUAUAUUGGAAAAUCAAAGGCUGACGGUACUAAAGUAGCAAUUAAAGCAUUUCUUAAAAAAAUGCUCAUGUUACAAGAUCCAACAUAAUGGAGAGAAUAAAUUGACAAUGAAGUAAAAGUAAUGAAAUAUAUGAAUCAUCAAAAUAUAUUAAAAUUGUAUGAUGUUUUUGAAAAAAAAGCUCAAAUUUACUUAAUCACUGAAUUAUGUAGAGGUGGCAACUUAGAUUAAGCAAUAAAAAAGUUAGAAGAACCAUUGCCAUUUCUAACUGUGAAAGUAAUUUUUCGAUAAAUUGUAGAAGGAAUCAAAUAUAUGCAUGAUAUAGGUUUGAUGCAUAGAGACAUAAAACCAGGGAAUAUUCUUUUUAGAAAACCAGUCUCCCUUAAGUAAUUUGGUUUAUCAGCCUAAGACAUUUCUUCCACAAUUUAAAAAUAACUUAAUGUUUAUUAAUUUUGUGGAUCCUAUGGUUAUAUGGCACCAGAGAUCUUUAUAUGUGAGGAAGACAAAUCUAAAUCAUAUAAUGAGAAAUGCGACGUAUUUAGUUUAGGAUGCUUACUUUAUGAAUUAACUACUACAAAACCACUCUUUUCAGGAAACAAUUUAAAGUAAUUAAAUAAAGAAUAUGAUUGUUUCGGAAAUAGAUAAUUAUUAAAUCUACUUAUGAAAAUGUUGAAUCCAAAACCUGACCAAAGGAUUUCGUGUUCGGAAGUGUUAAAUCAUCCUGUUAUGCAAGUUGAAUAUGAUGAAUAUGGAUGUCCAUUAUUUAAGGAUUAUAAAAAACCUGUUGCUUUAUCCAUAUAAAAACCAAGAGCAUCUUUAAAAUCCAAAAGUAAUGCUAUCCUGCCAUAAACAUCAAGGAGAAAUGAAACACAGUCAUUUAAGCGAUUAUCCCAAGUACUACCACCAAUUAAAAGAUUAAGCACGGAAGUGCAUAAUUGA